CACUCUCAAUUGCUUUGAUAUCCGGUGUUAGCUCUUCCUGCCAUCACAGAGUAUGGGCAUCGUUGUUUUGUGUUGAGAUAUGUUUUCUCCCGACGAGCAGCAACCCAGCUCACGUCACCGGGCAUUGUACCAUUCGAGAUAAUGGGGCCAAGUAUAUUUUUGAUGGCUAGUUAUCUGUCCUUCGAAACUAGGUUUUAAUUGGAAAGUAAUUCAGUGAUGAUUGUUGGCUAUUGUACUGGAUCUCACUCCUGACCAUGUUCGCUGCGAGUAUAACCUUUUGACAUAUUGCUUGGAUAUCAUAAGUCGGACUUGUCUUUGUGGCUCGUUCGGUGAUCUUUAACCUGGAUAGUUUCAGAGAUAGGUCCUAGAUCUAAUCACUGACAGCAAACAUGGGCAUGGGGCUUGUGGCCCAGAUUGUUCUUCUAUGUGCAGUUGCUUGCAGUGCGCAGAACAACGAGACGACGGUCGAAGACUCUGAGAAUCAUGUCAAUAGAGUAUCAGUGGACAAUCAAUAUCAAGAUGUUAUCAACGUCACCACGGACGGAGAAAACAUCCAAAAGUCGGGUGAUAGCAAGAGUCAGGAAAGAUUCGUCUGUAGGCCACAUAUCACAAUUCAGGCGCCACCUCUGCCGGUGCCGAUUUCAACAGAAAGUAGCUGCGACUGCAACUGCAGCAACAGCAGCAGAAGGAACUCUGGUGAUGUAAACACAGAGGAGAAGCAGACGGAAAGUCUAGUCCGACAGCUCCGGGAAUUGGUACAGGAGUGUAGGGCUGGAGGGGAUGGAACAGGAGGAAUCGGUAGAGGGGACGGUGGUUGGACCCGUGGGUCACAGGAUGGUACCAGGAUACUGGCCGAAGCUUUAGUGGACCUGGCUACUGUCCUCAAGCACUUCCAGACACCAGGAGUUCCUGUUCCAGGUUCCAUUCUGUCUUUGCCCAAGGAUUGCUCCGAGGUUUUAUCCAGAGGAGCUACAAAUAGUGGGGUAUACACCAUCCAAACCUUGGACUCUGGAAGACCAUUCCAGGUUUACUGUGACAUGGAGACGGACGGAGGGGGUUGGACGGUUCUACAAAAGCGACAUGACGGUUCGGUGGAUUUCUUCCGGGGCUUUGCGAGCUACCGACGGGGCUUCGGGUCUUUGGAUGGGGAAUUCUGGCUCGGAAAUGACCAAAUCCAUCGCCUAACUUCACAAGACGAGUACCAUCUGAGGAUAGAUUUGGAAGAUUUCAACGACGUGACAGUUUUCGCAGAGUACCGUGUGUUUAGAGUUGCUGAUGUGAACGAGGAUUAUAGAGUCACUGUUAGCUCUUACCAUGGCACCGCUGGUGACGCGUUCACGACACACAGCGGCCAGCCGUUCACAACCAAGGACCGUGACAACGACAACUGGUCCAGCAAGAACUGCGCCCGGGAGUACCAUGGUGCCUGGUGGUACAAUUCUUGCUACUAUGCCUCGCUUAAUGGGGAAUAUCUGCGAGGGAUAUCAGAGAGUUACGGGACUGGGAUCGUCUGGUAUCAAUGGCAUGGCUAUUACUACUCCCUUAAACGCACGGAAAUGAAGAUAAGACCGGCCGACUGAUGUACCAACUACGAACUACGGAAUAAAAAACUGAUGUUCUUUAAAGCACAAAAUUAAUAAACAGUGUGUCAAUAAUCCCCCCUUUUUAUCACGUGUGAGGGUGGGUGGGGGGUGAAGGGUAUAGUGCUAUUAUGACCAGGGACCCAAGGAACACGCUAGAAAGUAGUCCACAUAAUAGACUCCAGAGUCGCCGUCUAAAUAGCCUGCUACCUAUCUGUACAACCUCAUAAAGUGAUAAAUACACCCAACAUGGCGUCGUCUCCGUAUCCAAAAUGUAUACCUACAACCUUAGGUAUUCCAAGUGGCGUGACGAUGAAGAAAAUGCUAGCCUGUAGUGAUUGCCGCAGAAUGAUGCGGGAAAAGCAACCCAUUUUCCAGAAUUGGCGAUUUCUGGUGACUCAGUCACUGGACCACAUUUGGCACAUUUUGUCUCGCCUGCAUUUAGCAGAGCGAGACUAAUGGCGCCGCUUUUUCGACGGAGCUAGCGGGGCGGCAUCGUCAUCAUUGAAAUCUCAACCAAGGUAAAAGUAUGUACACCUAGUUUAUGAAACUUGGACAUAAGGGUAAUCGAUUAUUACUGAACAUCCUGCCUGAGUUUCAGGUCACAUGACAA